ACCUGUUGCAGAAGAAACGCCCCCCCUCCUCCCUCUCUCUCUCCCUCCCUCUCUCUUUCCCUCCCUCUCUCUGCCUGUAUUUCAACUGCAGCUUAGCGUCAGCUCUCACUCAGCUUUCUGCAAACACACAGCAUUAACUCUGACACUGACCCUAAACAUGGCUGCUGCUAACCGGGUGAUCGUUUAUGGAGGAAGAGGAGCGCUGGGCUCCAAGUGUGUGCUGCAUUUUAAAUCCAAAGGAUGGUGGGUUACUUCCAUCGAUAUGGUUGCAAACGAGGAGGCAAACGACAACGUGAUCGUGAAGUCGAGUGAAUCUUUCAACGAGCAGGCAGGACAGGUGACGGCAGAUGUGGCGCAGUUGCUAGGGGAACUGAAAGUAGACGCCAUCUUGUGUGUGGCCGGAGGCUGGGCGGGAGGAAGCUGUAGCUCCAAAGAUUUAUACAAAAACACUGAUCUGAUGUGGAAACAGAGUGUGUGGACCUCCACUAUCUCCAGCCACCUUGCCGCUCUGCACCUCAAACCGAAGGGACUAUUGACUUUGGCCGGAGCUAAAGCUGCUCUGUCAGGCACUGGAGGCAUGGUGGGCUACGGCAUGGCCAAAGCUGCUGUCCACCAGCUGUGUCAGAGCCUCGCAGCAAAGAACAGUGGGAUGCCUUCAGGAGCCGCUGCUGUGGCGAUACUACCGGUUACCUUGGAUACGCCGAUGAACAGGAAGUUCAUGCCUGACGCAGAUUUCAGCUCAUGGACGACGCUGGAGUACAUCGCAGAAAUUUUCUUCAGCUGGGCCACAGGAGUGGACCGUCCGGCUUCAGGCAGCCUGAUGCAGCUGACCACCUCCGGGGGGGAGACACAGGCCGUGGCAGCGCAGUGAAGACAGAGAGGGGACGUGAUGGGGGAGAGAGGGAGGAGAGGUAGGGGGAGAGAGAGGAGAGGUGAGGAGAAAGGGAGAGGAGAGAGAGAGAGAGAUGAGAGAUGUGUAGAGGGAGGAGGAGAUGAGGAAGGGGGUGUGGAGGUGAAAAAGAGAGAUGGUGACAGAGAGAAACUGGGUAAAAUAAGGAGGUGGAGAAGAGACGGCUAGAUGGGUUUGUUUGGGAGGGGUGAGGAGGAGGAGGCCUUUUUAUUGCAAAAGCAGCAUCAGAGCGCCAUCUAGCUGUAAACCCUGAUGAUGAACUCCAGUGUUAUAUUUCCAGUAAUGGUAUGGACGCUCUCUCUCUCUCCACUCUUUCACAACAAAUAUGGGAAAUUAUCCAAAGGAUUCUUUCACAGAUCAGGGAAGUGUGUUAAAUGAAAGAUAUUUCAUUUCAAA